AUGUCUGAGGCGUUCAAGACUGAUGCUCCGGCAUCAGGCAAUACUUCUGUGAACCCGUCCGAAAAAGGCCAUUCCAUCGUUAAUCACACUGUGACUGAAGAGGAAUUCGAGCGGGUGCAUACACCUCAUUUACACGCAAAGACAUUCUUGGCUGUCUUUGCGGUUUGUCUUAUUUACAUUGCUCAGACCUUCACACUGGUUGGAGCAGGCGCUCAAGGCCAAAUUAUCGCUGGACACUUCCACAAACCUCAAGAUGUCACCUGGAUUGCGACACCAAUCACGAUCAUGACGGUCGUGCUCUGCCCGAUCUUUGCGCAAGCGUCAGAUUAUUGGGGAAGAAAAUGGUUCUUGGUGAUUCCAUCCCUUUUUGGUUCCGUUGGAGCUGUAGUUGUCUCGCGCGCGUCGUCCAUGUCCAUGAUCAUUGCCGGAUUCACAUUGAUCGGUGUCUCUUUCGGAGCACAAUCUCUCCUUCAUACAGUCGCAUCUGAAGUUUUACCGCGACGAUGGAGAUCGUGGGGACAGGCAGCUGUCAUGAUUUCGAACGGCGUGGGCUUGAUAUCCGGUCUCCUUGUUGGUGGCCAAUUGAACAGACACGGAGAACCAAAUGGAUUCCGAAACCACUUCUAUAUCGCCAUGGCAUUAUAUUUCGUUUCUGCCGUCAUAACGACCUUCACCUAUAAGCCAAUCCCAAGCAAACUCCAAUUGGAAUACACGUUUGGACAAAAAAUGGCUCGCUUAGACUGGAUCGGCUAUGGGCUCAUGGCUUCCAGUCUUGUGCUAUUCUGUCUUGGCCUGUCCUGGUCCCAAAAUCCAUUUUCAUGGUCAAACGCCCACGUUUCUGCUCCAUUUGCCAUUGGUCUUGCAUUGGCAUUGGUACUCGUGGCUUAUGAGACCAAAUUCAAGAAGGAUGGCAUGUUCCAUCACAGCCUCUUUUCUGGCAAUCGAAACUUUACCAUCGCUCUCAUUUGUGUUUUCUGUGAAGGUAUUGCCUUUUUCGCGGCAAACAUCUAUUUCGCUUUCCAGAUCAGCGUAUUAUACGAGAAGGACUUCCUCAUCGUCGGUCUUCGGUUCGCCAUUGCGUUCAUGUCGACGAUGGUGACAUCCGUUUUCAUUGGUCUAUACUGUGCCAUUACUAAGAAAGUCAGAUGGGCAACCGUCUUCGCCUUCCUCAUCUUUGCAGUGUUCUUCUCGUGUAUGGCAACCACCAACAAGGACACGUCCAAGGCUGCUUGGGGAUAUCCAGUAUUGAUGGGUGCGGGCUUGGGAAUGACACUCAUCACGCUGGUAACAGUAGCCCAACUUUCCACACCACCUGAGCAAAUUUCUAUUGCAAGUGGAUUGCUUAUUAGCAUUCGGUCGCUUGGUGGCACUAUCGGUAUCGCAAUUUACAAUGCUGUCUUCAUUGCUGGAACGCGAAAUAUGGGUAUGAACGUUGGUAAUGCUGCUGCCAAAGCUGGUCUACCACCAACCUCAAUCCCCGCCUUCGUCACAAACCUCUUGGGCCAAAACACCACCGGGCUUGGAGCCGUCCCAGGUGUUAGCCCAACCAUUAUCGGAGCCGGUGCCGGUGCGCUUUUGGAUACAUACACGACAGGUUUCCGCAAUGUAUGGGUUUCUGCAAUCGGAUUUAUCGUCCUUGCUGCCAUUGCGGCCUGUUUCUUGUUCGACCCUAGCGAAGAAUUCAAUAACUUGAUUGAUGCGCCAGUUGAGAAGAAGGAAGAGAUUUAUUCGGACUAG